AUGAAUACAAAUAAUGAAGCCCCGGAUCCCUACACGGGUAAAAAUGUCGCCGACGGACACGGCGUUAUAAAUUGUCAAGAUAAAUCUUCGGUAGCCGCUGGAUCGGUCCCGAAGAAGCCUUCACGGCCAUUUAAAUCGAAUAUUGAACCCAGCGUUGGUAGCUGCAGACCCUCGGAGGGUAGCGAGCGACUGGCGUCUGGGAUGGCAACGGAGCCUACACGGCCGAUGGACCUCUCGUGCCAGGCGUCCUCAUCAAGAGCGGCAAUGAGCACACCCAUUGAGGGCAGCUCUAAAGCAGCUCAGGUUGGGGGCGUUACUGGCACCCGGGAGCCCUGUACGGGCAAUAGGAAUGCCAACCACAACCACAAGUCACAGUUGGCGAAAAAGGACCCUCGUCCCAGUGGUUCAGGGACAAUUAACGAUGAAGACACGAUGAGCAUCAUUGUGGAGGGCAAAUCCACCAAACUCUGGCUGGUGUCAACCUAUAUGGCUCACGAUCGCCAAGACUGCCCCCCUGCUCGGUUACUGGACGUAGUGAAAGAGGUCAAUUUAAGGAAGUUUCCCGUCGUGGUAGGAGCCGAUGCAAACGCGCACCACUCGUUAUGGGGUUCUACCGACAUCAACCCAAGAGAGGGCGCUAAUGGCGAUGGCAUGGCUGUUAUUUCCUCUCUCCGCUCCUUCGAUCGUGAACAACAAAAGGAGUACAUGAUUCCCAUUGUUAUUAAGGACCAUGGCUCACCGGCGAUGACCGGCACUAGCACACUCACUGUAGUCAUCGGCGAUGUCAACGACAAUAAAAUGCAACCAGGAUCUAAAGACAUUUUCGUGUAUAACUAUCAAGGUCAGUCUCCAGACACGCCGAUUGGCCGCGUGUACGUUUAUGACCUAGACGAUUGGGAUUUGCCUGAUAAGAAAUUCUACUGGGAGUCUCAAGAACAUCCUCGUUUCAAGUUAGAUGAGGACUCUGGCAUGGUAACAAUGCGAGCUGGUACGCGCGAAGGACGUUAUCACUUGCGCUUCAAGGUUUACGAUCGCAAACACACCCAAACUGAUGUGCCAGCAAAUAUAUCGGUAACAGUGCGUGAAAUCUCUCAUGAAGCUGUAAUCAACUCAGGCUCUAUACGUGUUGCCGGCAUUACUGAUGAAGACUUCAUACGCGUCUGGAACUAUCGCACACAGAGCUUGAGUCGCUCUAAAUUGGAUCGUUUCCGUGACAAGCUGGCCGAUUUGCUGAACGCAGAUCGCGAGAACGUGGAUAUUUUCAGUGUGCAACUCAAGCGCCGCCAUCCACCACUUACCGAUAUACGCUUUUCGGCGCAUGGCUCUCCAUACUACAAGCCAGUGCGUCUCAACGGUAUUGUGCUGAUGAAUCGCGAGGAAAUCGAAAAGGAUGUGGGCUUUAAUAUCACAAUGGUUGGCAUUGAUGAAUGCUUAUACGAAAACCAGAUGUGUGAGGGUUCCUGUACGAAUACGUUGGACAUCAGCUCGUUACCGUAUAUGGUUAACGCGAAUAAGACUGCCUUGGUGGGUGUGCGCGUAGACACUUUAGCUGAGUGUACUUGUGGCGCACGCAACUUUUCAAAACCAGAAUCUUGUCGCAACACACCUUGCUACAAUGGUGGACGCUGUGUGGAUACGCGCUUUGGCCCGCACUGCUCGUGUCCAGCGGGUUACAAUGGUCCACGUUGUCAGCAGACUACGCGCAGCUUCCGCGGAAAUGGUUGGGCUUGGUACCCACCGUUGGAGAUGUGCGACGAGUCACAUUUGAGUCUGGAGUUUAUCACACGCAAACCUGAUGGCCUUUUCAUUUACAAUGGUCCCAUUGUGCCUCCGGAGCGCGAGGAAAUGAUCAUCACUGAUUACAUUGCGCUUGAGCUGGAACGUGGCUACCCGCGCUUGCUUAUAGACUUCGGCUCAGGUACUUUGGAAUUACGUGUUAAAACUAAAAAGUCUCUGGAUGAUGGAGAAUGGCAUCGUAUUGAUGUCUUUUGGGAUACGGAAAAUGUGCGUAUGGUUAUAGAUUUUUGUAAGUCUGCGGAUAUUAGUGAAAUGGAGGAUGGCACACCACCGGAGUUUGAUGACAUGUCCUGCCAGGCGCGUGGACAAAUACCACCGUUCAAUGAAUAUCUGAAUGUAAAUGGUCCACUGCAGGUUGGUGGCAUAUACCGUGACCUCUUUGACCCCUCGCUCUACUUCUGGCAUUAUGCGCCCAACGCAAAAGCCUUUGAUGGCUGCAUACGUAAUUUAGUAUUCAAUUCUAAACUCUAUGACUUGGCGCAUCCUGGACUUUCACGCAACAGCGUCACAGGUUGCCAACAAACGGAAGAAGUUUGCUCACAGUCGGAGCAAACGGCACGCUGUUGGGAACAUGGCAACUGUGUUGGCUCGCUUUCAGAAGCACGCUGCCAAUGCCGACCCGGAUGGACUGGCCCUGCUUGUAACAUACCCACCAUACCUACCACCUUCAAGCAACAGAGCUACGUUAAAUAUGCGCUCAGCUUUGAGCCGGAUCGUUUUAGCACGCAAAUUCAAUUGCGUUUCCGUACGCGCGAGCAGCAUGGGGAACUGUUUCGCGUUUCAGACCAACAUAACCGCGAAUAUGGAAUUUUAGAAAUUAAGGAUGCACGUCUACACUUCCGCUACAAUCUCAAUUCGCUGCGUACGGAAGAGAAAGAUUUAUGGUUGAACGCGGUCGCGGUAGAAGAUGGUCAGUGGCAUGUUGUGCGUAUUAAUCGUUAUGGCUCUGCAGCGACACUGGAGUUGGAUGGUGGCGAAGGACGUCGCUACAACGAGACGUUUGAAUUUGCUGGGCACCAGUGGCUAUUGGUUGACAAACAAGAGGGUGUUUAUGCUGGCGGAAAGGCUGAAUAUACAGGCGUGCGAACGUUCGAAGUGUAUGCGGACUACCAAAAGAGCUGCCUUGAUGAUAUCAGGCUGGAGGGCAAGCAUUUGCCUUUACCACCGGCUAUGAAUGGUACGCAAUGGGGUCAAGCCACUAUGGCACGGAAUCUUGAAAAGAAUUGCCCUUCCAAUAAACCUUGCUCGAAUGUCAUAUGUCCGGAACCGUUCGAAUGUGUGGACCUAUGGAACGAAUAUGAAUGCACCUGUGGCGAAGGACGCGUUAUGUCGCCAGACGCCAAGGGUUGUAUGGAUCGCAAUGAAUGCCUGGACUUGCCAUGCCUCAAUGGCGCCACUUGCAUCAAUUUAGAGCCACGUCUGCGUUACCGUUGCAUCUGUCCGGAUGGCUUUUGGGGCGAGAAUUGUGAAUUGGUGCAGGAGGGACAGACGCUGAAGUUGAGCAUGGGCGCCUUGGCGGCCAUAUUGGUCUGCCUGUUGGUCAUACUGAUUCUAGUGCUCGUAUUCGUCGUUUAUAAUCGCCGACGCGAGGCGCACAUUAAAUAUCCCGGCCCGGAUGAUGAUGUGCGAGAGAAUAUUAUCAAUUAUGACGAUGAGGGUGGCGGCGAGGAUGAUAUGACUGCAUUCGAUAUUACUCCGCUGCAAAUACCAAUUGGCGGGCCAAUGCCACCCGAAUUGGCUGCCAUAAAAAUGCCAAUAAUGUAUCCGGUGAUGACGCUAAUGCCCGGCCAGGAGCCAAACGUAGGCAUGUUCAUCGAGGAACACAAAAAGCGUGCCGAUGGUGACCCAAAUGCACCGCCUUUCGACGACUUACGCAAUUACGCUUAUGAAGGUGGUGGUAGCACAGCCGGCUCGCUGAGUUCGCUGGCCUCUGGCACUGACGAUGAGGCGCACGAGUAUGACUACUUGGGUUCGUGGGGGCCUCGCUUUGGUAAACUGGCCAACAUGUAUGGUGAUGAAGCGAACGGUAAAGCUGCACAUGCCGAAUUAGGAUUGUAAGACCACAAAGAAUAAAACGAAGGGAAUUUUUUAUUAAAUUGAAUAGAAGCAGCGAAGUAAAGAUAACGAAACAAAAAAAGACAACCAAGCGAACGUGAGCGCAUACAAAAACGAAAAUGCGAAUGAAGUUAUGAGCAGCAACUAAAUUAUUAUGAUAGUGUAGUCCAACCAAAGAAAAUAUUAAAAAAAUUACUUAAAGAGAAGCAGAGUGAUUGUAAGUAGCUCACGCAAUACUUAAGAGCCCAUGUACUAAGGAAAAUUACAUUUAUGGCGACAAAAUUACAUAUGUAAAAAAACUCAUCCCAUACCAAUUUUAUAUAUGGCGACUGUACGUUAAUUUAGGCGAAAAAAGAUGGACAGUAAAAUGGAAAACUAAGGAAUGUGUGAAAACAAACACUCGCACAACCGAGGCGAAUAAAUCUAAUUGAAACCAAAGUAUUUAAUGUUAAGGAGUGAAAAAUGAACACAGCCACGAUGCAGUGGACGCUGAUAGUACUAGUACAUAUUAUACUCAUCACUAGUUUUAUAAGUAUGUACAUUUCCUUUUUGAUAUUAUUUAUUACAAAUAUAAAUAUUUAAGAUGAAUGUAUACCUACCAUUUA